AUGGCACACGACAGACUUGCGUAUCCCGUAGCCCACACCGGUAUCAGUUAUAAUCCGGUCUGCAUUGAUUGGGAUUUCCUUGUGUUACAGGAGGUCGAUGACGCGAAACAGGGCGACAUGGAGCAAAGCGAAGAACCCGGAGUCACGCCACUGAUAUCUGGGGUCAUUGCAUCGGUGAAAUUAUACCUCUGCGCAGCUGCACUGGGGCUGGAUAAGCUACCUGGGAACCCGCGCUAUGGUCCAUUCUCAGCCUCGUCGUCAUCAGAGACGUCAAAGGGCCCUGACGCCCAACGGCUUUCUCUUGAACAAGGACUCAACAUUGUACACGCUGUGCGAGAUGUGAUCAACCAGUUACCAGAGGAGUUUAGAAUGUUCAAUCAGGAUGGAAACCCCAACGAAGGUUCCUUAUCGUUUGCCAUCUCGCGGGCGAAACUACAUAUAAUGAGCCUUUUUAUACAAAGUAUCAUCCUUGCGACACUAACAGCCAAUAACCCAUCGUUUGAGCAGGACUAUCGAGCUGAAGGUUCCACAGCAUCUAAGGAUCCUCUCCUCUCUGGGAAAAGCCAGAAUGCUGAGCACCAGCUGUUCAAUCUUCGCAAGGACAUCGCUCAGCAAUGCUUUCACAUUAUUGCCGUCACACCCGUCUCUGCUCUGAAAGCGAAUGGCAUCGCCGUGGUUUCAAAGCUUCGGGAGAUCACAGCUACUUUAUUGAGCUGCAAAGUGGAUUCUUCAUGUCCUGCUGAUGAAGAAAACCAAGUCCAGUCUUAUGUCAAACGUCUUAUUAGUACUUUAGUCGAGAUUGACUCUGUAAAGAAUAUUUCUGAGGAGUAA